GCAUCAGAUUUGGACGCUCAUCCUGGCCUUCUUGUUCAAGCUCUAAUCAGCCUUGGUAUCGAUUGUUGUCCUAGCAGCAAGGUUCCCAUUCCUUCAGACUCUUCAGACACAACUAUGACGGCCUGCCGAAUACAAAUCAACUCCCUUCUUGCUCAAGAAAAACUGAAGCUCACAUCUCUCUACUUCUCACCAUCGUGCAAUCUCUCCGCAAAUGACAGGCAGAUAUUGGGGCAGUUGCUUGAAUCAGCCGCUAAAAUUCGCUCACAUACCUUCUGCAUUCUUCCUGGACAUCUCGAUACUCCGCCUAUCAAGUCAAAUGAUGCGCCAACUUGUUCAACAGCCUUCCUUCCCCCUUUCUCUGCCCCUAAUUCGCCACUAUCCUCAACCUCUCCUUCCUUUCAAUCUCCCUCCUCUCUUGCAAUGCAUUCCAGGGGUGCUAGUUCGGGCUCUACUUCAGACACCGCCAGUCCGAAGCUUGCUGUAUAUUCACCUGACAGUGGUUUAUCCAUCGACCUUGGAAAUAAUUUCAAUUGGCAAACCUACUCCAGUUAUCUUCGUACUCGAUUUCUGGGUCGAUCUCCUGUUUGGGCGGAAGUUAUGGACAGCAGUUGGGUUUUAUGUGAAAGGUAUCUAAUUAUGCUUCGCGCUUAA